CUGCCGACUACAGUGUAGAAUCCCCAGUUGUCGCCGCACAAGUGCUCUGCCCACCUCGAGGCUUAACUUCCACGCACUGCGCGUUCAAGGCGAUUGUCUCAAACUGCCAGGAUCAAUAUGGCCGACGACAAGGAUGAGGACACCCCCAUGCGGACAGAGGAGGGGUCCUCCGAUUCAGAUUCAGGGAGUGGCAGUGAGAGCGAGGAAGAGCAGAUAGAAUGGCUAGUCACCACCCGAGAGAAGCGUUCCACCGCCGGGAACCGACUCGCAUCGAUCCUCCAGCAAGAAGAACCAGAUGAUGAGCUGGAGCUGCUGUUCGCAGAAGCCGACGAUGAUGCCGGGUUCGAAGAUGUCGACGAGGACUCCGAUGUCCAGAUGGACUCAUCCGACGACGAUGAAGACCAGGGACCGACUGCGGGCGCGGAUGAUCUCGAGGGCGAGAAGGAGCUGCGCAGAGCGGAGCGGCAGGCGAAGAAGCGGAAAGUGAAUGAUGGCAUACCCAAAAUAUUCAAGAAGAAAGUCAAGAUAGACCCGACUGCCUCGCAAGGACCUGCGCCCCGACCGAAGAAGAAAUCUGAGCGCGCAUCAUGGAUCCCCACGGCGGAGGAUGCGCCAACGCGUGCAUCGGCGCGGGGGACAACAAGGCAGAGCAAGGAACAACUACACGCACAGAUGAUAGACCGAGAGGUGAAGAGGCUGAAGCAGCUGGCAAAUAUGGAGAAGGCUGCCGCGGCAAAGGCCGCUGCUAAGAAACCGGCUAUGACACAGGCAGACAGAUUGGCAGAGGCAGCGCGGGUGGAGAAGAGUAAUUCCAAGAGCUUGAGCAGGUGGGAGGAGGCGGAACAACAAAGAGAGGAGGAGCAGAGGGCCAAGUUGGCGGCUUUGAGUAAUCGCCAACUAGAGGGACCGGUCAUUACAUGGUGGAGUGGUAUGGGUGAGUGGGUCGGAGGGGUACUGAAACGAGUUGGCAAGACCCUUGAGUUGGAAGAACCAAAGGAGAAGCCGACAAAGAAAAGGAAAGCUGCCGAGAUGGAGACCGAAUCUGCGCCAACUCCUCUCGCCGCAGACCAGACCUUGAAAGACCCCUCAGCAGCUGCUACUGGUGACCCCCAGAUCGUCAAAGAUCCUCCAGCUGCUGCUCCUGGUGAUCCACAGGUUGUCAAAGAUCCUCCAGCAGCUGUGCCUGGAGAUCCUGCCAACGCCCCGAACGAAAGCACGACCACGAGCUCUCCAGCGGUGGCACCUCCUGCUCAAACUACCAACAUUCCAGAAACCAACCAACCUCCAAAUAGCGCUUCACCACAACCACCACCUGAACCAACGGCCGUCGCCCCUCCACCAAACCCUCCCUCUCAUCCGCCAUUUAUUCUGGCACCGCCAUUAGGCCUCCAGUCACCACCCCUGCCGCCGCCAGUCUUGGACGGCUCAGCGCCUCUUCCCGGAUUCGGCUAUACCCCAAAUAGCUUCCCACACUUCAUGCCCCCACAAGGAGUUCCCUUAUCAUUCACACCACCAAACCAACAAUCACCACCGCCUCCUCCUCCUCCAGCAGCUCCACCCGGACCACCUCCCAUCGAGCACGCCGCACUGGACUAUAUCAUCCUUUCAAACUUCGACGAAAACGCCAUCAAGCACAAGGAUGUCCAGACACAGGUCCUGUUCGGGAGGAAGUUCCCCAAAGCUACGAAGCCCAAGAAAGAACCCACCCUCUGCGCCAUAACCUCCUACCCCGCCAAAUUCCGCGACCCCUCGACCGGCCUCCCUUACUGCAAUUCCUACGCCUACCGGGAGAUCCAGCGGCUGAAGCGGGGGGAAUUCAAAUGGAGCAAGCUCGUCGGCGCGUACGUCGGCCAGGGCACGUACGCAGCGCGCGGGGUGCCGAGCCGGUUUGUGAAUCCGGGAGCGGGAGUGGAGGCAGGAAAGGGAUGAGAGGUUUCUGAUCGUCGUGUAUGAGUAGGAGCUGUACGAGUAGGGAUCCUGGCGUACGGAGAGAUUGAUACCUGGGAGCGCUUUGCUCUCCUGCCUAUUGCUGUGUAUAGAUGAUGGGAUGAAGGAAUGAAAUCAAUGAAAUAUAGUUAAUCAC